AUUAGCAUCAACGUGGCAGCAAAGCAAUCUAUAUGCGCAGUACACCCCCGGCGCACAUUUUCACGCUCUACCCCUUUCACACUAAAAAAAAUCGCUUCUUCAUCGAUCUACACUCUCUGUUUAGAAAACACGAAGCCCCCAAUUCUCUCUUUCAAACCUCUAGUUUCACACUUUGAUUCCUCUGUUUAGGCAAAACAAACCCUAUAAUUCAUUCCUUUUAAAUCGAAAAAAUUAAAAAAAUAAAAUUCUGAUCUCAAAAUCACGUCUUUUUUUUGUUUUUGCCUAAAAGUAUAAAUCAAAGCUUGAAAUUUUGUUUGAUUUAUUAGCUUUGGACUUUAGGGUUUCUCAGAUUCUACUUCAAAGUUAGAGUUUUUUGUUUUUAACUUUGUUUUUGUUAUCUUUGAAGCGGAUAUUUUUUUUUCUCGUCAUAUUGAAGCUGUUUUUAGUUUCGAUCAUUUCUACAACUACCACUGUCACCUAACCCAGCUCAUCCUUAGUCUUUAACUUUUUCUGUUAAUAAGUCACCAAAACCUUCAAUAUUGUGUGUUUUCAACGAAUUUGUCUAGUGCCCAAUAGUGAAAAUCACAUGAAUAUUUGAAUUUCACAAUCGAAUGUCGGUAGAAAGAUCAUUUGAAGCAUGGGAGGAGGUCCAAAGGCAUGGCCAGGACUUCGCAGACCGGCUAGCUCAAGGCUUUACAGGCCUUAUACAGUCACAUAUAACUUACCCACCUGCGUUUUCUUGGCCAAACCCUCCAAAAUCGAAGCUUUUCGAUGUGGAGUUUCCGGGACACGGUUUUAGUAAAGGGGAUUUUGGGGUUUUGACUGAUAAUUCUGGGAUAAAUGGGUUUUCGGCGAUUUUGGAUGUUGGAAAUAGGAUUGGACAAGCUGGGGCUGAUUUUGGUGCGGCUUUGAAUGGGAUGGUGCAUCAGUUUUUUAGGAGAUUGCCGGUGCCGUUUAAGCAGGAUGAGACUGGGGGGGUUGGGGUGAGGAUGGAUGGUAAAAGGAGCGAGGUGGGGUUGGGUUUGGAGGGAGAGUUGGGUUUGGUUAGUGAGAGGUUGAGGGAUUUUGGGUUUGUGGAGGAUAAUGGUGGUGGUGGUGGAGUGGACGGCUUGUUGGAAGAGGAGAUUGGUGGGUUAAAUUUGAAGGGUGUGGGAUAUCCUGGUAAACCACAGGGGACCAUAAACAUUACCUCAACUUAUGACAGCAGAACUCACAACAUUGAGAGUUCUUUGGUUGCAAGGGGAGAUUUAUGGAGAGUAGAGGCAUCACAUGGAAGUUCCACGUCAGAAAAUGAUAAUUCAUCUCUGUUCCUAGUCCAGCUUGGACCUGUGCUGAUUUUGCGUGAUUCAACCUUUCUUCUGCCCGUGCAUCUGUCAAAGCAACACUUGCUUUGGUAUGGCUAUGAUAGAAAGAGUGGAAUGCAUUCUCUGUGUCCAGCUGUGUGGUCAAAGCAUCGAAGGUGGUUGUUAAUGUCAAUGCUCUGUCUCAAUCCUAUAGCUUGUUCAUUUGUGGAUUUACAGUUUCCAAAUGGGCAAUUGACUUAUGUAUCUGGUGAGGGGCUGUCUACCAGUGCUUUUGCACCUCUUUGCGGAGGUCUUCUUCAAGCUCAAGGGCAAUAUCCUGGGGAAAUGAGAUUCAGCUUCUCUUGUAAGAAUAAGUGGGGAACACGAAUCACACCGAUGGUACAAUGGCCUGACAAAUCCUUUACAUUAGGUUUUGCACAAUCUUUGGCAUGGCGGAGAUCUGGUCUUAUGGUGAGACCAGCUGCUCAGUUCAGUUUGUGCCCCACUUUUGGCGGAAGCAAUCCUGGGUUGCAUGCAGAACUGAUUCAUUCAGUGAAUGACCAUUUGAAUCUGAUAUGUGGCUGUGCUGCGACGACACACCCUUCUGCAUUUGCAUCGCUAUCAAUUGGAAGGUCUAAGUGGAAUGGUAAUGUUGGGAGCUCAGGAUUUGUUCUGAGACUCGAUGCUCCUCUCUCCAAUGUUGGCCAACCUUCCUUUUCUGUUCAGAUAAAUAGUGGCAUUGAGUUUUGAUUGUUUUGCCCCACAUUCAUGUUAGUUGAAGUGUAAAUAGUCACAACGCUUUUAAUCAUAUCAAACCACGCUGUAUAUCUGACUGUUUUUCAUCAAUCAUAGUCUUCCCUCUUGUACUUGCA